UCUCUAUAAGAUGCAGGUAGAGUGCCAAGUUUAUUGGUUUAAAACAUUUGGGUGGAAAUAGUCUUGGCUCGAAACAGGUAGAAAAAUAACGCCUAUGUCCUGCAGAGCGGCCGAUUGUCGCUGCUGACCUAAUUAUUCAGCGUAUGUGGACUUGACUUUAACUUGGUGGACGUGAUAUUCUCGUAGGGCAGCCAGUAGGUGACUUGACUGUAGAGCCCCACCCUCAGUUUAAAACAGAAAGCACCGAGGAAGCUGUGGUGAAAGAAGCUUCACCUAACAGACUUAGAGAUUUGAGUUUUGGUGAUACCUCUGUCUUCGUCCACCAUGAGCACUCCAGCCGCUGACAGCAAACCUGGUCCAGCAGAAAGUGAGCAGAAGAAGAAGAAGGAGCCGCUGAGGAUCAUGCUUCUUGGAAAAUGUGGUGCAGGCAAGAGCUCGAGUGGGAACACCAUCCUCAAUAAAAUGGUGUUCAGGUCAGAGAUGAAGCUGGGCAGCGUCACUGUUCACUGUGAAAAAGAGUCCGGGGUGGUUGGAGAUAUACCUGUCGAUGUGAUUGACACACCUGGGCUUUUCGAGAAGGGAAGCAAAAAGGAGGACAUCAUCCGAGAGAUUCUUCAACGCCUGAAACUCCAGGAACCAGGACCCCACGUCUUUGCAAAUGUUCUUCCUUUAGGAAGGCUGACUCAGGAAGACCAAGACACCCACACGCUGAUUGAAGCAAAGUUUGGCCCAAGAGUGUGGGACUACACCAUCGUGCUGUUCACCCACGGGGAUUGCCUGGAAGACAAAACAAAAAACAAGAUCAUUAAAAUAAACGACAUCAUUAGUGAGAGUGACGAGAACCUCCGCAACUUCAUACGCAAGUGUAGCGGUGGCUUCCACGUCUUCAACAACAAAACCCCGGAGGACCAGAAGCAGGUCACAACUUUUAUGGAAAAGAUCAAGACCCUGGUGGCCCUGAAUGGAGGUAGUUACUACAAGAGAGAGCUGUAUCCUGAGAAGGAGAGGAAAAUCAGAGAAAGACAGGAAAGCAUCUUUGCAGAGAGAGAUGAAGAAAUCAGGAAAAAGGAGGAAAAUCUGAGGGAGCGUUACAAGGAUGAAGACCUAAAGAAGAUGAAGACAAAGCUGUGGAGACAAGAGGAGGAAAGGGCAAGAAAAGACGCAGAGGGGGAGUUGUGCAGCAAGUCCUACAUCAUGAAGAGCAUCCUGUUACUGGCUGUAUUGUGUCUACUGUUAUGUUGGGAUCUUGGGGUAGCAGCUAAAUGGCUUUGUGGAAUAGGAAUCAUUUUAAUUGUGCUGUCUUUUAAGAUUUUUCCAAUUAUUAGAAGAAAAAUACCAGGUCUUACUAAGAAAAAGAAAUAGAUGAGCUUUUACUUUGUUAGUGAUUUAUCAUUCAAAUGUGUGACAGAUGAUAUAUCUAACUGAUUUAAUUAACAAAAAUAAUUUUCAUA